UCCGGGGCUCCGGACGAGCGCCUGCCCAUCACCGGGGCCCGCCUCGCCCUCCCCGGGCCUCCCUGCGCGCGAGAGGCCCUGGAGGCCGAGAAGGCGCAGGGCUACUAACACCGGGUGCGGACAGGGGCAGCACGGCGCGCCCAGCCUUCCCGGGACCCCCGCGCCCCCGCUUAGCCGGGAGGGGCGCCCAUCCGGGGCUCCGGGCGAGCGCCUGCCCAUCACCGGGGCCCGCCUCGCCCUCCCCGGGCCUCCCUGCGCGCGAGAGGCCCUGGAGGCCGAGAAGGCGCAGGGCUACUAACACUGGGCUACUUCGCAGACCGGGCACCGCAGCGCCACGAGCGGCCCGGCCCGACGCCCGCUUUCCCACGUCGCCCGGGCACCCAGAACUAUUCGCCCACAAAGCCGAGCGACGCGCCAGGGGCGGAGCUUGGGCGUCAGAUACCGCGAGAAGUAGUGCCCCGGAGCGGCUCUGCCCGGCGCAGGCGCACUGCAGCUCCCGCCCUCCCCCAGCGCCGCGGAGGCGGCUCCCCCGCUGCGGGAGGCGGGGCCGAACCGCCAGAACAAAACUCGCGAGAUCUGAGCACUUGGCCGGUCUUCCUGUCAGGUACCGGAAGUGCGGUGCGGGGCGCGUCUUCGGCGCCUGCAGCUGCGCGGCGGGGCCCGGGUUCCGGCCGCGGUUCUCGGCCGGCCUACUUGGCCUCGGCUGCCCGGGACCGUAGAGAUGGGGGACCCCAAGGAGGCCGGAGCCGAGGCUCCGCCGCUCGGGGCCGCUGCCCGAGGGGGACUCACGCUCCUGCCCCAGGGAGAGUCCGAGGAGCCGGCUGCCCAGGGCUCGGCCCUGCUGCUCGGCGGCGGCGAGGUGAAGAGCCGGGCCGUGGUCAAGUACUCCUCGGCGCCGCCGCGCACGGCCUUCGCCCGCCUGGAGGAGAAGACGGACCUGAAGCUCCCCCCGGCCAACUGGCUGCGGGAGAGCGCCACGCUGGGGCCCGCGGGCACCACCGUGCUGGGCAGCAGCAGGAAGAGCAAGCCGUUCUCCAGUUUCGGCAUGGCGUACGACUUCAUCGACUCGGUGGGGAACGACGUGGACGUCGUCUCCGACUCUGAAAACAUCAAAAAGCUGCUGAAGAUUCCCUACAGCAAGUCGCACGUGAGCAUGGCCGUGCACCGCAUCGGGAGGACCCUGCUGCUGGACGAGCUGGACAUUCAGGAGCUCUUCAUGAGGUCAUCGCAGACUGGUGACUGGACAUGGCUGAAAGAGUUUUACCAGAGACUCAUUGAUCAGAAGUGGCAGAGGAAGAAAAAGAGUAAGGAGCACUGGUAUCAGAAAGCCAUUCUUUCCAAGUUCUUGUAUUACAGCAUCAAUGGUGAUGGAGCCGCACAGCCUGUGCCGUCCGCGGCGGAGCAGCAGGAGUCGCCCAGCGCGGAUCAGACGAGUGGCUCCGGGGGCGCCUCGUGGCCUGCUCCCUUUGAGAUGCCCUCUUCCGUCUCGGAAGACCCCAGCGCUUCCAGUCAGGGAAGUGAGCCUCUUGAACCCUCAUGCAUGGUGGGUCAUGUGGCCUCAGCACCCAAAGAACAAAACCUGACUACUUUGUUCAAUGACGGGGAGAACAGUCAGGGUCUUAAAAAUGAUUUUGUUCGGAAUAUUCUGUGGACAUUUGAAGACAUCCAUAUGUUGGUUGGUUCCAACAUGCCAAUAUUUGGAGGGGGCAGAUACCCGGCAGUCAGCUUACGUCUCAGGGAUAAUAACAAACCAAUUAAUGUGCUAACUGGAAUUGACUAUUGGUUGGACAACUUGAUAUGCAAUGUGCCGGAGCUUGUGAUGUGUUUUCAUGUAAAUGGAAUUGUACAGAAGUAUGAAAUGAUAAAGACAGAAGAGAUUCCCAAUUUGGAAAAUUCUAAUUUUUCUACAAAAGUCAUAAAAGACAUCGCGCAGAAUAUUUUAUCAUUUCUGAAAUCUAACUGUACCAAGGAAGGACACACUUACUGGCUCUUCAAAGCGAGCGGCAGUGAUGUAGUGAAGCUCUAUGAUCUCACUACUCUGUGUGAAGAGACUGAGGACAAGUAUCAAAACCCGUUCACAAUGCCAGUGGCCAUUCUCUUAUACAAGGUUGCUUGUAACAUGAUGAUGAAGAAGAAUCAGAAUAAGAAGCACUACGGGACCAUUAGAACAUUGCUGCUCAACUGUGUGAGGUUGCUGGACAAAAGCAGGCAUCCUCAAAUAAUUGCUUCAGCCAAUUACAUGCUUUCAGAACUUUUUCAGUUGGAUGAACCUAAGAAGGAAGACAGUUCAGAAUCUCCAUUAAAUGAGAAUUCUGAUGAAAGUUACAGUGAGGAGGAGGAGGAGAUGCCAGACAGUGAUGAAAAUGGAUCCUACAGCAGCUCUGACCCAUCGCAUGAUAACAAGGCAGUAGCCAUCAUUAAGUCUGUGGGAGAAUUGUCAGUACCAGAAAAAUACAAAUCCAUCCAUCAGAUCAGACCCAGUUGUGCGUUCCCGGUUUGCCAUGACACAGAAGAGCGCUGCCGGCUCGUCCUCAGCUACGUUCUGGAGGGUUUAAAAUCUGUAGAUAGCAGCAUCAAAAAAGAAAGUGACCUUCCGGCAGCUGACCCCAGCACCCCAAUCCCGUUAAAAUAUGAAGACGAAUCCUCAAGGGGGGGUCCUGAGGGGCUAGAGAAGCAGAUGGCCUUGUUUUUGGACAAAAUGGGCUCCCUGCAGAAGGGUAACUAUUCCAGUCAGUCUGGAAUGAUCCCUGGUUCUUGGCAACAUAAAAUGAAGCUUCAGCUGAUUCUCAAGUCGUCAAAGGCCUAUUACGUGUUGUCUGAUGCGGCCAUGAGCCUUCAGAAGUAUGGAAGAGCGCUCCGCUACAUCAAACUGGCUUUGCAGAGCCACGACACUUACUGCUGCCUCUGCACCAACGUGCUCUCUGAAGUGCUGCUGUUUCUCUCCCAAUACCUGACGCUCUGUGGGGACAUCCAGCUAAUGCUGGCCCAGAACGCCAGUAACCGCGCAGCCCACCUGGAGGAGUUCCAUUACCAGACGAAGGAAGACCAGGAGAUUCUGCACAGCCUUCACAGAGAGUCCAGCUGCCAAGCGCCCUUAAAGACUGUAUGUCUGGAGCAUUCAGAUUUAGACUGGGAACGAGGGCAGUUCCACCCAGACCAGCAGUGUCCUCCCUCGUCGUCUCACACAGGAUUUGCGUGGGCUACCGAUUUGUCUACAGACUUGGAAAGUCAGCUUUCAGUUAGCUGUAAAUGUUAUGAGGCUGCUAAUGAAAUCUUGCAAUUUAGUGACUUAAAAAACCAAAAUCCAGAGCACUAUGUACAAGUGUUGAAGAGAAUGGGCAACAUCAGAAAUGAAAUAGGUGUAUUUUAUAUGAACCAGGCUGCUGCAUUACAGAGUGAGAGAGUAGUGAGCAAAUCUGUGUCCGCUGCAGAGCAACAGUUGUGGAAAAAAAGCUUUUCUUGUUUUGAAAAGGGGAUUCACAACUUUGAGUCGAUCGGUGAUGCUACCAACGCUGCCCUCCUGCUGUGCAACACGGGGAGACUCAUGCGAAUCUGUGCCCAGGCUCACUGUGGCGCAGGCGACGAGUUCAAGCGUGAAUUCUCACCCGAAGAAGGCUUGUAUUACAAUAAGGCUGUUGAUUAUUAUUUGAAAGCUCUGAGGUCUUUGGGAACACGAGACAUACACCCCGCUGUUUGGGACUCCGUGCACUGGGAAUUGUCUACUACUUACUUCACCAUGGCAACUCUGCAACAGGAUUACGCUCCCUUGUCCAGAAAAGCUCAGGAGCAGAUCGAGAAAGAAGUGAGUGAGGCCAUGAUGAAGUCCCUGAAGUACUGCGACGCUGACCUGCCGUCCGCCCGGCAGCCUCUCUGUCAGUAUCGAGCUGCGACCAUCCACCACAGGCUGGCUUCCAUGUACCACAGUUGUCUGAGGAAUCAGGUUGGCGACGAGCACCUGAGGAAGCAGCACCGGGUGCUGGCGGAUCUCCACUACAGCAAAGCUGUGAAGCUGUUCCAGCUUCUCAAAGAUGCCCCGUGCGAACUGCUCCGAGUCCAGCUGGAAAGAGUGGCAUUUGCAGAGUUCCAGAUGGCUGGUCAGAAUAGCAACGUUGGAAAGCUGAAGACCCUGUCCGGGGCUCUUGACAUCAUGGUGAGGACAGAGCAUGCAUUCCAGCUGCUCCGUAAGGAGCUGGUGGAGGACCCCGAGCAGCCCAAGAGUGGCGAGACUGCUCCGGCCGCUGACUCUUCCCCCAGUCUCAAUCGAGAAGAGGUGAUCAAACUGCUCGGUAUAUUUGAAUCUCGGCUGUCAUUCCUUCUCCUUCAGUCCAUCAAACUGCUGUCUUCAACUAAAAAGAAAACAAGCAGUAACGUGGAAGAAGAUGUGGUCCUGAAAACCAACAAGCACAUCUACUCCCAGCUUCUGAGAGCGACGGCCAGCAAGGGCGCCACUCUGGUGGAGAGAGUCGACGUGGUCAUCCACCUGCUGGAGCAGCUCGCUCGUGGUGGCGCCGUGCAGUGAGCCGAGCCCGGGGCCGCGCCUGCACACGCGCCGCCAGUGCCUUCUGAACUCGGGGGCUGCCCUGUCCGUUUGGUGCUGCGCCUCAUUAAACAGGAGGGGUGCCCGCCCCACCCAGGGACAGCCGUGGGCACGGUUGUCAUUUCUCACGACGCACAGCUUGGUCGAGGUGUCCGGCUCCUUUUGAAGGGCCGACGUCGGGAUCCAGUGGAAAGCUCCCGGCGGUGAAUCUGGGAGCACCUGGCACCUCGUGGCAACAGCCGCACCACAAUGCAGUUUCACCUUGACAGGUUUCUGAAGUGUGCUAAGCUCCGUGCAUCUAAGAUAGGACUGUUUUGGGUGACAUGAUUCUACAGGGUCAAAUGGGGUAAAGAAACUUGUACAGUGUUCUGUCUGGAUGGUCCAGGACAGCACGUGUGCCCUGUCUGAGCUCCUGCUGGAGCUGCCGGAGCCUCGCCGCGUGCAGCGUCCGUGUGCCAUGCGUGUUGGGAGGGUGCGCUUGUCCUGGACUUCUCAGACAGCUGAUCCCGAACAGGUACUAUCUUUUUCUUCAUUUUAAACUUGAAACUGUGAAUAAGGUAAGAAGGCUAUUUUGAAUAAAUAAACUAUUUAUUUAAAAUGUC